AUUAUAUUGGUGCUUGAAAGCAUCGGAUCCUGUAUUGCAUGUGGUAGAGCUGAGUACAGAAUAGGGGAGGAAUGUUGUCCCAUGUGUUCACCAGGAAAUCAUGUACAUAAGCAUUGUACAAAAUUUACCACUACCUCCUGUGUGUCCUGUAUUGCUUUUACAUUCCUUGAUGAACCCAAUGGUCUCAUGAAAUGUGCACCAUGUUCCAGCUGUGAUUUAGAUUUGGGUUUGAGGGUGAAACAGCCAUGCACAUCACAAUCAGAUGAUUUUUGUGAGCCACAGGAGGGGUUCUUUUGUUGGUUCUCAAACAAAAAUGGUUGUAAAAUAGCCCAGAAACACAGAAGCUGUAAACCUGGUCAAUACAUCCAUCACACAGGAACAACAUCUACAGAUACUGUGUGUGCUGUCUGCCCUGAUAAAACUUAUUCAGAUGGAUCAUUAACAUCUUGUCAACCACAUACAGAGUAA